AGACGUUAUCUCUGAAGAAAGCAAAAGAGAUCUAGCUGCUGGAACAAUUUUACUUUAUUAUAUAUGCAUAUGUAUAAAGUAAACUUUUAUAAUUAUUUUAGUUAUGGGUAUUGUGUAGUGCAUUCAAAGAUGGCGACGGUGUACGUAGCCGAACGUUAGUGUGGUGGUCGCUUUGCUAAAAUGCUAAUGUAGCGUUCACCAGCUAGCUGCUAAUGAUGGUAAACAACGCUUAAAUGCUGAAGAAACAAAAUUUGUCCAUUUGGAAAGGAUUCCCUCCAACAACCGCCUCAGUGAAACAUGUCAUCCCUUCACCCAGUUUAUAAAACUCUUCAUCCAUCAUCAAGUGAACACACCUCUGAUGUCAUCAGUUUGAUUUGGAGCCAAGGUGCAUGUGGGACCCAGAGUCAGGGACUUACAACUAGCUCAGAGUUUGAUCUAACAGAGAUGUCAGAUUUUGAUUACUCUCACCUUCAGCACCUCAACCAGUCGCAAGUGGAGCCUGGGCUUUCAGAUGACUCUAAUACCAGUCCAUCCUCAGCUGUAGUAGUGGUUCAAAAUGCCACUUGUUCUACAGGGAUUUCUCCCAACACGUCCAGUCAAGCCAUUGACUUGUCAACUUCAAACUCAAAUGACGACCACAAUCUGGUAAUGCCAGGGGAAAAGACUCCUGUGUUUUAUGGUGAGGUUCCAAGUUUUGUCCUGGCCAGAAUCAGAGGUGAAGAAAGCCCAAUCAAGGUGACCGUCAAAGAAGAGUUUUCCAAGAACCGAUCCAUAUCAGCUGCAAGAGUGUGUCUGGAGAAAAGAUUCAACAGCAUGUGUGCUGACACGACAACGCAGCCGGAUAGCCACUCUGCUGUUCUCAGCAAUCUUUUGACAGUAUUUGAACACUCAGCAGAGGCUCAAGAGGCAUCCACACAUCCUCAAACACAAAAGUGGGUGAAAGCUGACCGAGCAAAUUCUUUUAAGCUCUCUAGCUCUCAUGUCGGAGGUGUUUUCGAACCGAUAACCAAUGUCUUUGGGCAGGUUAUUGCACACAUGGCUGAGCCCAACAUACAUCAGGGUUUAAUAAUGCCCCCCAGUUUUUCAUUUAGCUUUCACCCAGAGACUUCUGUGAUAAAAACUGUCUACGCUGACAACAGCAACCCCAGAGAAGAGCAGGAGUUGAUGUUCACUGAAAAGGAUGUGGUGCCACAUGCUGUCUACAGAGGGCAUUGCAGCAGCUUGUGUCCUGAUCCUCCCAAAGCUGCUAAAACUGCUCCAAAACCAUCCAAGAAGUCCAGGAGGGGUGGCUGCAAAAGAGCCCGAUCUUCAUUGUCACUGACCCAACGCAAGGAGAAACACAACAGCAAAGAGAGGGAGCGCAGGAAGAGGAUCCGCUCCUGCUGUGAUGAGCUGAACACCAUGGUGCCAUUCUGUGACUCGAACACAGACAAAGUCACUACGCUGCAGUGGACCACAGCUUAUCUAAGAUACAUCAAAAAAAUGUAUGGAGACAGCUUCAAGGAGGAGUUUCAGAAAGUCUUCAAUAAUGAGAGAGAGAGAUUUUUAAAGUCCAGCCCCUCUCCAGGUAAACAACCAUCCAACCCAAAGAAAGACAAGACACUGAGCACUUCUCUUGCAGCUGAGCAAUGAUCUGCUUCAUGUUUAAUCCACAUGUAAGACGGCACUUUAAAUUGAGUCAGUAAACCGAGGGAGUCUGUAGGGCUUAACUGAAAAGUUCAUUUUAUGUGUUUGAAAAGUUUAUGAUUCAACUGCCUUAGAGAGUGGAACGUUCCCUUUGUCUGAUUGAGAGACGCUCAAAGAUAGCUGGGUUUUCUGCAGUUGCAUCGUAAGACCACUAAGUGUCACUUUAGUAUCAGAAUUGCCUAAACCAGUUCCAUUCAGCUGAUAAACUUUAAAAACUGUAUUUCACACUAGAUGGCACUGUUUUCUUUUGGAAAAUGGAAUAUGGGAAUAAGACUGCGCUCGACCCAUUUUGUUUUAUUAAUGUGUCAUUUUUAAAUUUUAUUUAAAUGUUUGCUUGUGUUACUUUUACAGCUGAUGUUCUUA